CUAGUUCCGAUUGGCUGGGGUACAGCAGGUGCCGCGUCAGGAUUGAUCAAAGCCAGGUGGGCGGGGCUGUCGCUCUGAGCGACUCUCUCGGGAGGCGCGUGCCCCGGCUCAGUAGCGUUGGGGCUGGCGCGCGCGACGAAUCUUAACGCUGCGCCGUCUGUGGGCGCUUCCGGGCCACCAGUUUCCCUGCCUGCCACCCUGGCGCCCCCCAGCCCUGGCUCCCCAGCCGCGCUGCCCCGGGCGUCCACGCCCUGCGGGCUCAGCGGAUUCAGCGGGCUCAAUCUGCGCAGUACCUCCUCCAUGUUGACCAAGCCUCUUCAAGGGCUCCCUGCGCCCCCCGUGACCCCCACACAGCCGCCAGGAGGCAAAGAUCGGGCAGCGUUCGAGGCCGAGUACCGACUCGGCCCCCUCCUGGGGAAGGGGGGCUUUGGCACCGUCUUUGCGGGACACCGCGUCACAGAUCGACUCCAGGUGGCCAUCAAAGUGAUCUCUCGAAAUCGUGUGCUGGGCUGGUCCACCUUGCCAGACUCAGUCACAUGCCCACUCGAAGUGGCAUUGCUUUGGAAGGUGGGUGAAGGCAGUGGGCAUCCUGGCGUGAUCCGCCUGCUUGACUGGUUUGAGACUCCAGAAGGCUUCAUGCUGGUCCUUGAGCGGCCUAUGCCUGCCCAAGAUCUUUUUGACUACAUCACAGAGAAGGGUCCACUGGGUGAGAGCCGAAGCCGCUGCUUCUUUACCCAGGUAGUGGCAGCUGUCCAGCACUGCCAUGCCCGUGGAGUUGUCCACCGCGAUAUCAAGGAUGAGAACAUCCUGAUAGACCUCUGCCGGGGUUGUAUCAAACUCAUCGAUUUUGGUUCUGGUGCCCUGCUUCAUGAUGAACCCUACACUGACUUUGAUGGGACAAGGGUGUAUAGCCCUCCAGAGUGGAUCUCUCGACACCAGUACCACGCCCUCCCAGCCACUGUCUGGUCACUGGGCGUUCUCCUCUAUGACAUGGUGUGUGGGGACAUUCCCUUCGAGAGGGACCAAGAGAUUCUGGAAGCUGAGCUCCACUUCCCUGCCCAUGUCUCCCCAGACUGCUGUGCCCUAAUCCGCCGGUGCCUGGCCCCUAAACCUUCUUCCCGACCCUCACUGGAGGAGAUCCUACUGGACCCCUGGAUGCAAACACCAGCUGAGGAAGUGCCCCUCAACCCCCCCAAAGGAAGCCCCACCCCCUUGGCGUGGUCCCUGCUUCCCUAGGCCCACCAGGCUCCCACUGGUUGGAAUCCCAUGGUCAUGCCACAGGGAUAGAUGGACAUCUGUUGACCUGGUUAUACAGGUUGUUAAAAAUCCAGUAUUACUAAGGUCAGGGAUUAGGGUUCAGGGGUCAGAAGAUGAGCCAAGUCUGCCCAGUUCCCAUCCCAAUCCUGUGAAGAAGCCUUCCUCCCAGAACCUGUGGUCCCUUAUUCUGGAGGGGGAAAUUCCUUGCCACUUGUUCUGUUCAGGAUGUUGAUUUGGUUGGAGAUUUCCCUUCUGAGCCCUAGGGCUCUUCAUUCUGACAAGUUGUAACCCCUACACUGGCACCUCCUAUACUACCACCACACAAACUUAGACACUUAGUUCAAAUGCUCUCACUUGGGCAAGGGUGCUUUCCUUAAAAUACCCCAGCAGCUCUUUCUUUAGCAAAAGGGCCCUUUCCCCUAGCUGAGGGUCCCAUGUAUUCAGUCAAGCUGCUUGCCUAUCUCAUCCCAGAAUUGCUUAUUCUGGGGGAGGUAAUGCCCUAUUGGUAUCCUAGGGCUCUGUGUGUGGGUGUUGGGUUUUCUUUUUUUUUUUUUUUUCUUUUUUGGUGAUUUUUGGUGAGGGGACCCUAAUGUUACCCCAAGUGCUCUUAUUCUGGUGAGAAGAACCUGACUUCCAUAAUUUAGGAAGGAAUGGGAGAUGGACACCACCGGACACCACCAGAGACAAAGAUGGGAAUGGAUGGUUUUGGGGGGGAUGGGCUGGGGGAAAUGUCCUGCUGUUUAUUCUCCUGGGGUCCCCCCUCUCCAACUUUUGCUGCCUCCUACUGAGCCAGGAUUGUCCCAUUGCUAAAAUGUAAAUACUUGUGUACUGGAGGUAGGAGAGCUACAAGUGUGCCCUCCAGUCCCUUCUACCCCUGCCUGGAUUAUUUAAAAAGCCAUGUGUGGAAACCCACUAUUUAAUAAAUAAAAUCACAA